AUGGAUGAGAGCGGUAAUAACGGAAUUCAUAGAUCCUUACAGGUUGAACGGAGUUGUAAUGCCUUAUGGCAACGAGGGCAAGGAGAUGACUCCACCAUCUGCUCGUCCGAUCCUUAUCAUCACUGUAUGGGAUGCAGUGGCCCUGCUUUGGACGUACAGUAUAAGUCGACCUCCAAAAGUGAAAUGCAAUUACAACGUAAUGCCUCCAAGAAUAAAAUUCGUAAACCAAGUCGCAUAUCUGGAGAAAAUGCGGUUAGUCCUUAUGAGCAAAUUACUGGAAAUGGGGGAGAUGAAAACUCUUCCCGCCACGGUAAAUCUCACAUUCUCCGCUCGGAAGGGGGACAUCAAGAAUUUCUUUUUCGGAGUAUCAAUUCGUGGGAAGAGAGGAACAACGAGAGAAGAGAAAAGACAGGCAUACAUAAGAGACGAACUAGCAACGAAAAUGAGAGUAAAAAUGAUGAAAGCAAUGUAUUCAAGUGUUCAAACCGAGGGGAAACUGAACGGUUACUCACAAUCCUGGGGCCAUUGCUCAGAGUCGGUACCCUGGUGGGCUCUUCAUGGAAAGAAGAUAACCCGAAAACGCCGUGUUACCUUGUACUCCCGGACAGUAAACCUAAAUGGACUAUUGAUACUUCCAUGUCCCCUUUGUCUUAUGAUAAUAAAUUCGACUCAUCUGGCAAUAAUCCGACCUUGGUAGUCGAAAUGAUCGAGAAUGAAUCGGACCGUUGUCGUAUUGCAAAAUCCCUUAAUAUAGAGAUACAAAGCGUUGGUCUUCAAAAAGAUUAUAUUUAUCGUGACAUAAUGGACAUUGCACAGUGCGGAUUCAAUCAUAUAAUUAUUAUUGGGAGUUGUUACUGUGGUCUACUUUUUCUGGACUGCUAUGAACGCGUAUUCAGAUGGGACGCUAUGAUUGAUUUACUAUGGUUUUUCGGGAAUUUUUUUAAUGUAGUAUCAGAGGAACCAGAGAAACCUUGUGGAGUGCAAUGGGGCGUUUCAUUAGAUGGAACUGUGUGGGAGCUAUCUGGUUCGGAUUCGCCAGAAGAAUGUAAUUCUCACCCC